GUGUAAUGAUUCCUCCGCCGUCAUUAGAUAUUACGUUUGAACUUGUAUGUCUCGUACAGUUUUAGAGAAGAAGUAUCAACAACAACAUGCGGAAACCGAGAAGAGACGUCGGAAAGGUGAGGGACUGUUGAAAGCGGGAAACGUACACCAUUGAUGGAUAAAAGUGACCUUUGUGAAGCAGUGAAUUGCGAAGGGGCAGAAGGGAAAACUAGCUGGAGAGAGGAGAGCCGAGCGGCCAUGCCGCCUCCGAGAAAGCACAGCAAACUGACCCAAUGUUAAGCAGCUGGCAGGCAUUCUAUUCCCAUCCUGCACAGGUCCCCAGGAGGUCCGGUCUAUUGGAAGGGAUGGUACUGUGAGGAAAAGACCAAGCCCCUGCAUUCACAGAGGCAGCUAAUGAUAUGACCCAAGCUUUAAACAAGAACAGGGAUGUUCUGGUUGACUACAUAGGAACUUCAGACUGGACAGGAUUUGGGGAGUUUAAUUGCAGAAAAAGCAAGCAAACUUUAAAAAAAAACAUUAUAGUUCUAGAACAUACGGAUAAGUCAUGGCUGAUCUGGAACCCUGCACUGUGGGAGUACAGCUUCAAGCAACUCACGACUGCCACAAGACUUUCUACUGCCGCCAGACGGGCUGCAAAGCUCUGCGUGAGAUGUCACCCAGCAACGCAUUGCUGCUGCAGCUCAGGACCGGUAUUAUGAGCCUCACAGAGAGUGACAGAGUGUGUUUUCACCACGAGAAGGUCUAUGUGGACCGCUAUGAGGACCUGCAGAAGGCCUGCUGCGAUCCCUUCAAUACGCACAAGAAAGCAAUAAAGAAAGGGCUGAAGCCUCUCGACCUGGAUGAAGCCACGUUUCUGAGCGAGAAGUUUGCAAGGCACUUAGUGCCGGGCUGGAAACUGUGUUUCAGGUGUUCACAGCUGCUGACCGGCUACUGCAACCUUGACCCCGACGCAGGACAGAGAAAGACACGCAAUAGUGAAGGACGGACUGCUAAGGCUUUGAAGUCACUUCAGUUUGCCAACCCAGGGCGCCAGACUGAGUUUGCUGCGGAGCCCGGUCGAAGAGAUAAGAGAAGACUGCAGCCCAACAAAACAGCAACCAACGCAGACAGGCAAACGAUCGCAAAGAGUAAAGUGUACGACAGCGCAGGCCUGCUGAUUUCAAGUGGCUUGGAUUUGUGUGACUGUCUGGAUGAAGACUGUCUGGGCUGCUUCUACCCCUGUCCCGAAUGUGGGUCCCGUAAGUGUGGCGUCGAGUGCCGCUGCGAUCGCAAGUGGCUGUACGAACAAGUGGAAAUCGAAGGCGGGGAGAUUAUUCGCAAUAAGCACGUGGGCUAGGACUCGGGAGAUGCUUGUGCCCUACUGCACUCUGCAUUCUCUUAUGGUGGACUUGUGUUCGAUUUUUAAUAUAAUGUUCAUCCCAGUGUUGGUUUGUUUUUUGUUGUAGAAGACAGUGUCCUUGUGCUUUUUGUUUAUUCUUUUUUUCUUCUUUCCAGCAGGACAAUACCAUUUUUAAAAAGACAGCAGGUAGCAACGCAGUCCUUUGAAAAAUAAGAAAACAAAUUGACUUUUUUGUUAUUUGUAUUUAAAAAUGAGAUUCUAUUGAAUACAUUUGAUGUCUGAAAUGUAGUAAAUAGAAUUGAUCGUUCAUUUGAAAAUAUUGACAUGAUGCUGUUAUAUGUAUAUAUAAUAUACUGCGCGGUCAUGGGGCAAUACAUUGCAUACCAAGUAAUGUUAAGUGUACAGAUUUGUACACUUAACAAAUCCAUAGCAAUGCAUCAAUGGAAAAUGAACAUGUGUAUUGUUUGCAUUAUUGUAUCUAUUUAGAGGAAAAUAUUGUUAGUUCUGUUAUAAAUAAAGCUUACUUUUUCUAAACCA